UCGCCAUUGUCCCUCUUCAAGAGAACAGGCGCGUCGGAAAAUGGCGUUUACUCGCUGCUUCGUCGGCGGUCAAAUGAUGUAUUUCCGGCGAGGAAUAGUGUCGGCGCAGUCACCGUCCGGAGACCCUGCCGGAAAUUCUGCGGCGGAGCAAUUCGCACCGCUGGCAGCGACGUUUCGACGGAGGCUAACUGUAGGGAUUGGGUCGGCUUCUCUGGUGGCCGUCGGCGCAAAUUUUGGCGGCGUAACGAGCUUUCUUCUCGGAUUGUCGCCGGAAAACAGUCGGCGUUUGAAACUCGAUGUUGUUUAUCCAGUUGGAGGGUACAGCCGGUGCAUUGAUAACAAUGAAGGAUUUGAACAUCCAGAGUUUAUAUACCCAGCAAGAUGGGUAGGAGACCAGAGGUUGCUAUAUCGAGCAGCUGAAAAGUCUGAAUUUGAACGAUCACUCGACCCUCCACCCUUGACCAGCUCCAACAUGGAUCGUCGUCGUCGGAGUGUUAAUGAGCCACUGGUUGCAUUUGGUCCACCAGGUUCGAGCGGAGAGCUCAACGUUAGCGUCAUUGUGUCUCCUGUCUCACCCGAUUUUUCAAUUGAAGCAUUUGGAGGACCAAAUGAAGUAGGGGAAGCUGUGAUCAGGACAAUUACAAGGGCCAGCAAACGCCCUGAUCUUAAAGGAACCUUGAUACAAACAACUCUCAGAGAGGAUUCGAUAAGAAAUGUCAAAUACUACGAACUGGAAUUUAAAGUAGAGAGCUCGUCUUUUCGACGUCACAACAUAGCGGUCUGUUUUGUUUAUCUGGGCAAGUUAUACACACUAAAUGCCCAGGCACCUGAAUCAGAAUGGCCAGGUCUAAAAUCAGAGAUGAGGACAAUUGCCAAUUCCUUUUGUCUCUCAGCUUGAAGGCUCUAAUGUUUACGGCUGUGGGUCGGGUUUGGGGAUUUAUUUCAAGGAUUACUAUAAAAGUUUAGAAUGAAUGUAAAACUCUAAUCUUGCCAUUUCUAGAACUAUAUUGGAGAUGUUACAAUGUUUCUACAUCA